AUGACUUCCACAAAAGAACCCGUCGCUUUUAUUGGCCUGGGAGCCAUGGGCUUUGGCAUGGCCACCCAGCUCCUCAAACAAGGCUACCCGUUAACCGGCUUCGACAUUUCAGCUGCAAUUCUGCAGAAGCUCCAAGAAGCUGGCGGAAAGAUUGCAUCGAGUCCGGCCGAUGCUGUUCGCGAUCACCAGUACUGCGUCUGCAUGGUAGCCACGGCGCAACAAGCUGAGCAGGUCCUUCUUGAUGGGAACAACCCAGCGAUUCCCGCACUGGCCAAGGGUGCUGUAUUGCUGCUGUGCUCUACUGUACCGUGUGGCUUCGUCCAAGAUCUACAGAAGCGCAUCGAGAAACAUGGACGAGGCGACAUCUUGCUCGUCGACUGUCCCGUUUCUGGCGGCGCAAUACGAGCCGCCGACGGCACACUGUCCAUUAUGGCCGGAGCUUCAAAAGAAGCCAUCUCAAAGGGCCAUGACCUUCUCCAAGCUCUCUCAGACCCUCAGAAGCUCUACAUCGUCGAAGGGGGUAUUGGCGCCGGCAGCAACAUGAAGAUGUGCCAUCAGGUGCUCGCCGCCAACCAGAUCCUCUCAGCGAGCGAGGGUCUGGGAUUUGCCCACCACCUAGGCCUGGACUUGGCCGAGACGGGAAAGCAAUUGGUUUCUUCAGAGGGGUGGAGCUGGAUGUUGGAAAACCGUCUGCCUCGCAUAUUGGACGCUGCGGUGCCUCUUGCCAGCGCGGUGACCAUCAUUCUGAAGGAUACGAGCAUCAUCACCUCAGAAGCUAGACGGUACGGAUUUGCGACGCCUAUGACCAGUACGGCUGAGCAGAUGUACUUCUUAGGUCUUGGUAAAGGUCUCGGAAGCCAUGAUGACGGCCAUUUGAUCCAGCUGUAUCUCGAAGGAGGUGCACGGCUUGGUGUGCUCGAAAAGGAUAUAGCGGUCGAUGCCAAGGUCCAGUUGGUCGUGAACCUGCUCAAGGGCAUUCAUACAUGUGCAGCCGCAGAGACUCUUUCCUUUGCCCACCACGUUGGUCUAGACUUGGACCAAGUUCUUGAGCUCUGCGUUCAUGCUGCAGGAGGAAGUGCCAUGCUCAAGGCUAUCGGUAGUGACAUCAUCCGUGUUCUCCGUGGCCAGCCGGCGGAAGCAAAGGAAGGGCUCUGCGCACUGGCCAAGGAGCUAGAGCAAGCGGUCGAGGAGGGCCAGAGGCUGAAGCUUCCCUUGCCUCUGGGAACUCAGGCGCUGAAUCUUUUCCGCUUGGUGUUGCGGCACAAGCCCCAAGAUCCUGCCGAUGUGCCGGUUGCUUGGAUUGUCAAGGCCUGGACGUAG